GAAAUCACAACUUCAUCACCUUCAUCAACCAGUAGCAAAAUGAACUGUCAACACAUCUCCACUGCUCGUAGGUUCACCAGUCAAGCUUUGGGUGCAAAAUUCUAACCUUGAUAGGCCUUACCCCACCAAGAGCGAGCCAGGCAGUCCAUCGUGAGGAUUGUACUCAAUGUUUUGAUGGGAUUGUGGGUCCAUACGGCUCUUGGGAGAUUUCUUUGCAUUGACUGUUUCUAGGACGAUCCAGAGGGCCUAAACGUCUGCCUUAGUUGCUUCAACGGAGGAUGUGCUGGUGAGAGGAACCACGCGCUCCUUCAUCACAAACUGUCCCAACACCCACUCGCCCUGAACAUUAGGAGGACCAAAAAGCCUAGAGCUGAGGUAGUUUUCUAUCUUAGCUCUGGAUUGGGGUUUCUUAAGGCUAACACCCGCAGCGAGCCGAACCUCCAAAGAAGAUUUCGAAGUUGGCCAUUGAGGCGGAGAGCGAGAGUGAUAAGUAUGAUACCCAUACUGCUGUGGUAUGCUAUAUGUGUGGCGGAAAAGAGGUUGAGAGGACGGCUGGGAAUGUAAGUCCUUUUUCACCCAAUCUCGGCCCUUGCAUCGGUGGCACAGCUAACGGCUCUGGUAAAGCUGCCCGAGGUGAUAGAUGGAGUGAUGAAAGCUAUGACAUUUGCUAGACAGACAGAGGUUCAGGCAUGGGAGCAGGAAAUGACGCCUUGUGAGCAUACAUUGUGUCUUCAACAGGAAGCUCUGAGGAAACUCGAAUCCCAAACCCUUGCUACUUGCUCGGCCUGCGAUCUCCGGGGAAACCUCUGGCUCUGCCUCCAAUGCGGAAAUCUCGGAUGCGGUCGUGCUCAAUUUGGUGGCGUAGGCGGAUCGUCCCAUGGACUUGCUCACUUCGACGCCACGCAUCAUCCUGUAUCCGUCAAGUUAGGCUCCAUCACGCCGGAAGGUACCGCGGACGUGUACUGCUACGUAUGUGCCGACGAGAAGACGGACACAGAACUUGCUGCACACUUGGCCCAUUGGGGUAUAAACAUUGCGGAACAUGAGAAAACGGAGAAGUCCCUUACGGAGAUGCAGAUUGAGCAGAAUAUGAGAUUCGAGUUUUCGAUGACUAGCGAAGAUGGAAAGGAUCUCGUGCCAUUGAUGGGGAAGGGGCUUACUGGGCUGAAGAACUUGGGGAAUUCCUGCUAUUUGGCCGGUAUUUUACAAUGUUUGUUUGCGCUACCGGUUUUCCAGAAAAGGUAGUUCUUAAUUGGAGGGUUCGUCCAAACAUUUUUGCUAAUAGCGAGAUAGAUACAACCUUCCUGAUCUGCCAGAAUCGCUGGUCCCAGCGGAUGAUUUGGAGACACAGCUUCGGAAGCUCGCUGAUGGUCUUCUUUCCGGGAGAUAUGCUCGCCCAGAUACCGAUGUAACCAUUAGCGAGUAUUCUCCUGAGAUCCAGCAUCAGAGGGGACUUGCGCCCGCUAUGUUCAAAGCUCUUAUUGGGAAGGGGCAUGAAGAUUUCUCAACCAUGCGUCAGCAAGAUGCUCUUCAGCUUCUUUCGCACCUCUUCGAGCUCAUCAGCAGUUCACCUCACCCUGGUAGCUUGGGAGAUCCUGUGUCAGACUUCCGGUUCGCCUUCGAGCAGAGGCUUCAAUGCCUGGGAUGCGGAAAGGUUAGGUAUAGGACCGAUAUCCAGGACAACGUGCAGGUUCCCGUCCCCGUGAGGAGAAUCCCCGCUGAAUCAUCGGAUGUCGAAAUGGGAGAAGAGGAUAAGAGGAAAGAUAAAAAUAAAGACGUUUUCGAGCCGGUUACCCUCAAGGAGUGCCUUGACUCUCUCACGGCGGAUGAGGUUGUAGUGUUCAACUGUCCUUCUUGUGGAAAGGAUGCCAAAGCGACCAAGUAUGUUCUAAAGUUGCAUUUAAUUUCGGUGUAGGUGCUAACAUAUAAUAGACGGCAUGCUUUUAAAACUCUUCCAGAGGUUCUAGUAGUGGGCGCCAAGCGAUUUGGAUAUGUUGACUGGGUUCCUACGAAAUUUGACGUUCCGGUCGUUCUUGGAGACGAGCCGCUUUUGCUUGAUGAUUACCUGGCAAAGCCUCAUCCUGCUGACGAGGAGCUUCUCCCAGAUGACGAAGAGCUUGAGUUCCAAGCGGAUGAAGGUAUUGUGGGCCAACUUGGCGCAAUGGGCUUUCCAAGAAUUCGUGCCGAAAAGGCUCUGUAUCAUACUGGCAACAAGGAUCUGGAUGCAGCGAUGAGUUGGGUCUUUGCCCAUAUGGAAGAUCCAGAUAUUGAUGCUCCAAUGUCCUUUGCCUCAAAGAAAGAGUCAGCGGGCGCUGAGCCCGAUGAGGAGAAGGUAUCAAUGUUGGGGGCUAUGGGAUUUACCACUGGCCAAGCUAAGAAGGCUCUGAAGGAGACUGGGGACGACGUGGGGAGAGCGGUUGAAUGGCUGUUUUCACACCCCGAUGACAUGGGCGACGACGAAGUAAUGGGCGAGAGCGCUGACACAGGCACCUCAAAGAGAGAGCCUGGGAGUGCUAGAAAGCCAGCCCAGUUUGAGUUGCAGAGUAUUGUAUGCCACAAAGGGGGCAGCAUUCAUGCCGGACAUUAUGUUGCAUUUGUCAGAAAGGAGGUUGAAGAGGCCAAGGUCUGGGUUCUCUUCAACGACGAGAAGGUUGUCAAGGCCUCGAAUUUUGGAGAAAUGAAGAAAUUUGCGUAAGUGAUUUUUAGGCAUUGUUUGUCCAAGGCCACUACACUAAUAAUUAUAUUGAACAGAUAUGUAUACUUCUUCAAGAGAUGCAACUGAGGGCUCCAACAACCAACGUAGUCUACGUUUUCGGAAUCUUUUAUGUACUUUGGUCAGUCAAUUGUCAUUAGGGGCGCUCUGAUUAUCAGGCCGUGGAAUGGAAUUUGAGAUGCAAAACUGUUUCUGCGAAUCGACUAGAUAAAAAAUAAAUUAUGCAGCCAGUAAAACAAUAGGUUUCUUGCUGUGGUUGCGGUGACCUUGACGCCUUGGGUCGCGAAAUUUUUUAGUGGUAGCCUAAGUUAAUCCUGUAGCCGUGCUAAGGCUCCUGCGGUUGUGUACCGGUACUCGAGUAACUGCGCGCAGUUCCAAACCUGCAGGAUGUCUACGUUGUACCCGAUGGCUCAGCGCAGGAUUUUAUCUACAAGUACACUAAUCAAUCAAUUCUGCAUAAGCCACCAACACGGCUGAGCAUGGAAAUGUACCAAAAUUAUAUAGAUGUUCAAGAAAGGUUCAAGGAAGUAUGCUAUAGGCUUCUGGAGAGCGGAAAAGCAAAUAUUGCAGCCACUGGUAUGAUAGCAAGUUCAGAGCUCUAGAGAUCCACCUCUUAGGGGACAAAAGGGAUGUCAAACAGCACCACUGGGGCCCACAGUCGAUGGAGUACUCAUGGAGACUAAUAAGCCUCAAGCUGCUGUUUGUAUGCAUCUGACGUGUUUAUAUAUAAGUUAAGACCGAUGUCUCAAGAUAUCAGGACCGAACUAUAAAUAAUAAUUCGCUGAACCUGGGACUGAGUAUCCUAGCUUUUAGGAGCUUGAGCAAUCUGUCAAGAAAGCAGAGAAGAUGUGGUGAAGAAAUAGUAAGUUGUGACUAAGAAAAUGUAUUUUAAGGCGGCUU